AUGAAUAAGGUCAUUGAUAAAAUAGAAAAUAAAAACCUUGAUCCAAUAAUAGUUAUGAAAAACAGAGAAUACCUCAUAGAUCAUUUGGUUAUAGAAGAGUUAGUAAAAAAAACUAAAACUCUGAACAUAGAAGAAGAUUUAGACUCUACAAUAAUAAUCUGUAAUUCAGAUUAUGAAGAUUGA